AUGCAGGGCAAGGCCAACUUUGUCAAGGUGUCUGCUGAGUCUGAAGAGCGACAGGGGUAUCCCCAAACCAUCUACCUGGGUCGGGCUCCGAGUGGCGAGGAAGGCGGGGAACGGCCGGUCUUCGCCUUCGAGACCUUUGUGGCAAUAAGCGAGUCCUACGCGCAGGUGUUGACCGAGUUGACUAAAGACCAGUUGGCUGCAAGCGGAGUGAAGUCCUUUUGUUUCGUCGGUUGUGUUAGCGACCCGCGAUUGCUACGGGUUAAGACUGAGGAACAGCAGAGCGGGGGCCGACGACCGUCCCUAAGCAGCGGACUAGGUCCCAAUGGUGGACACGGCGUGGGUGGGGGACACAGCAUGGGUGGGGGGCACAGCAUGGGUGGAGGAAGCGUAAGUGGCAGUGUUAACGGGAGCACAGCUGGCAGUACUUCCGGUGCAGAUCGCCACGGCCAAGCCCUUGGCGGCCAGGUCCUUGGAGGCCAUAGAUUGGCUCAGGUUGACAUGUCGCGAAUGCGCGAAAUUGACGAUCUGCGGAAACAAGUGGCGAGCCUGCAAGGCGAUCUCGUCCGAUGCAAGACAGAAGCCGAAAAAAGUCGGGUGGAGAGGGAACGGGAAUUGAGGGACCAUGAAAGCAAGACUGGAGAAGUAGAGAUGGAGAUGACGUUGUUAAAGAAAAAGCUGGCGUCGCUCCAGCAACAGCUGCAGGGAGUCGUGGGCGAGCGGGACAAGCACGUAGAGGAGAACCAGCGGCUCGCGGAGGCCUUUGAACGGUCGGAGCUGAAGCGGAAACAAAUUCAGAGUGGUCUGGAAAGCUCGGAGCAACGGGCUACUCAGUUAGAGGCGGAGAAAUAUCAGUUAUCGUUAGAAUGUACGGCACUGCAGUCACGUUGUGCAGUGCUGGAGACUCAGCAGCACGAGUUGGAGCGUCGUGUGCGCGAUAUGGAGGAGGACAAGCAGGAACUAGCAAACUCGAAGAUCGAAUGUCAAAGACUCGGGAAGGAAGUAGAGUCCUGGAAACAAGAAGCAUUGCAGUAUCGGUCGCAGCAAAAGGACAUAAACACGUUCAAACGGCUCGUAAAUGGAUUGAUAAAAAUGGAACGGGAUUAUUCGGCCAAGUUCACACGCAACGCAGACCAACUUCUGAGUCUAAGCUUCGCUAGCAGCCCCACAAUGCAACCACUGGACGAGUCCUUGGACCUGCUGCAAACCACAACACCACCCCCACCCCACACGGCUGCCUUGAUGCAACAGCCGCCGGUUACCAUGAUGCAACAGCCCCCCAGCGUAGGAGCCGGUCUGCAGGCCUCGCCUCAAGACUUGCUGUACCGAGAGGAAGAAGGCACUCUCGACGGACAGGAGGAAGACUGCAGUGCCACGGAAGGGGAUGAGAACGAGGAGACACAGGAGAAUGUCAAGAAUGAAGAGUACGAAAGCACAGCGAAGAGGCGAAGGCGAGAAUCAUCCGACGGGCCACUACUGAUGUCCUCUACUAAUGAUCUGUUUAUACCAGAGUCCCAAUUUUUACAUAACUAG